AUGCGCAAAGUUCUUGUAAUCCUGUUGCUACUUUCCGCUCGUGCUCAGUUGCAACUCACUAGUAGAGGUUAUAACAUGACUUUAGUGAAAACAGUGUUAACUGUCAUCCGCAGAAAGGAGAAUUGGAGAAACACUCCGAUCUUUGUGGGGACCGAUACGAGUUCAAACGAGCUAAACAAUCUGAUGAAUUGGCUUCAACAUACGAUUAAUGUAACUUGUCACACGGUGGAUACAUCAAUACCUCCCCAAAAGGAGUAUCCUCUUGGCCACUAUAAAAUAAAUGUGGAUAGCUCGCUGUGUUUGCUAUUUUGCCAAAGCACCCAGGAAUUGAUUUGGUUUAAUCUAGAUAAAGGACUUCGAAAAUUGCGCCUUAUCCGGCUGAUUGUCGUUUUGCCCAACAAAAGAAGUGCGUCUUACAAAGCUAUAACAAACAUAUUCAGGAGGUUGUGGCAAUUUCAGUUCCUAAAAGUCCUUGUUUUGCACAAUAAUCAAGUUUACUCAUACACUCCGUAUCCAUCUGUUCGAUUUUACAAGGUAGAUAUGGAUUCUGACUCGUUCUUUCCGCCACGUACUUUGGAUUUCCAAGGCUAUGUGGUCUCUACUCCAGUGGAGAAUGAUAUUCCACGAGUGUUUUUUGUGCGAAGCCAAGAAACAGGGCGAAGGCAAAUACGGGGAUUUGGAUAUCGCACAUUCGUGGAGUAUCUGCAUCGCCACAACGCCACGUUGCAAGUAAGUAAUCCCCACCAGGACCAUGCCAUUAACAAAAGUGUGAAUAUGGGAAGGAUUAUGCAGCAGAUAAGGGAUGGCCUCUUGGAGAUCUCUAUGCAUCCGUAUGUGGACGUACCGGAGGAUGUGGGAGAUCACAGCUAUCCAUUGGUGGUAGGCACCAAUUGCCUCAUAGUUCCUGUUAGAAAUGAGAUACCACGUCACACGUAUCUGCUGCUGCCCCUCAGUCAAUGGAGUUGGGUUCUUCUGCUGGUAUCUGUAAUCUAUAUCAGCGGAGUGCUCUACUGGAUUCAGCCCGGACUAGAAGAUCAAACCUGGGAUCAGCGGAUUGGGCUUAACCUUUUGGAUAGCAUAAGCAGAGUUAUAUACACCUGCUCCCCCUCAAGGGUUUACAGUCCCACACUGAGAUAUUUUAUGGUGUCGUUACAGCUCACCAUUUUGGGAUUUGUGAUUACAAACCUUUACAGCAUUCAGUUGGGAAGCUUUUUCACUACUCUGGUGGUGGGUGAGCAGGUAGACAGCAUGGAACAGCUUAUUCAGCAGCACCAAAAAGUACUGGUAAAGCAAUACGAGAUCAGUACUUUUCUGCGACACGUAGAACCGCGAUUAGUUGGCGAAGUGAGUAGACUUUUAGUGGGCGUCAAUGCCGAUGAGCAGGUGUCCGCUCUUCUGGGAUUCAACCGCAGCUUCGCCUACCCCUUUACCUCCGAACGGUGGAGUUUUUUUUCGCUGCAACAACAAUAUGCGUUCAAACCUAUCUUUAGGUUCUCAUCCGCCUGCCUGGGAUCGCCGAUCAUUGGUUACCCGAUGAGGAAAGACUGCCACCUGCAGUCGUCUCUUAACAUAUUCAUCAUGCGAGUCCAGGCGGCAGGGCUUCUGCAGCACUGGGUCAUUUCUGAUUUCAACGAUGCCAUGCGCGCUGGUUAUGUGAGACUCCUGGACAACGUUCUUGGAUAUCAGUCCCUGGAUAUCGACUCCUUACGACUGGGAUGGGCUGUGCUUGGAUGUGGAUGGCUAUUGUCUGGUAUGAUUUUCCUCUUCGAACGCUGGCGUUUCUACCAUCGCCAAUAA